CUCGGUUUUGACGCCUUAACGCGGCACCACGCCCGUCAACAUAGGUGCGCUUGCAGCCUGAGUCGUGAAUUGCAUCUGUGGUUAAGACUGUGAACGCUGCACAGCUUCGGGCCAUCGCUACGACUGCCAAACCACUGCUGCUGACCACAGCCAUGAUGCUAGCAAGGCGGGCCGUCCCGGCAGCGGCCACAGCAGUUGGCGUAGGACUGGGCACAGCCUACGCCAUCGAGCCAACUGCCCGCGACGACGAGCUGCCGCGACAAUGGGACAGGUCGGCCGUGGCUGCGUACUGGCGCGCGCGGCCGCUCGCAGCUGCAUCGCGCGCUAUCGAGGUCGCCGCAACGUUGGCACCUGUCGCCGCGAGGAUAGCUGCCGACCGCGCCUUCGUCGCGACCGACGAGCCGGCCGUUGAGCGUGCCGCGCGGCAGCGGCUGCGGGCGACGCAGGCGCGGGACGCGCUCGUCGAGCUCGGCCCGGCCUUCAUCAAACUAGGCCAGCAGCUGUCCAUCAGACCAGAUGUGGUACCGCCGCCAGCCCUCGAAGUGUUGCGAGGUUUGUGCGAUGCGGUGCCGGCGGUGCCGACGUCCACAGCUCUAGAGACCGUGCGGGAGGACCUCGGCGACGUCAUCAUCGAGGGCCUCGACGCUCAUGCCGUACCGGUGGCCGCUGCUUCAUUAGGACAAGUAUAUAGGGCGCGCUACGAGGGCCGGGACGUGGCCGUGAAGGUCCAGCGACCAAAUAUGGCAUGCGGCGUCGCGCGCGACUUGUAUCUCUUGGGCAACUGGGCGCGGUUCGUGGAGAGUGCCAAGGCGAUUCUCGUCCCGAGGCAGCGGCCGUACGACAUCCAACUCAUCGACGCGUUCUGUAGGGGUGCCUACGGCGAGCUCGACUACGAACAUGAAGCAGCAAACCAGCGACGCUUCAAAGACGCCAUUUCCAACGGACCGGCGUCUCUACGCGACGUCUACGUGCCCGAGGUGCGGCUGGCGACGCGGCGUGUUUUGAUAAGUGACUGGGUCGAGGGUGAACGGUUAAGCCAAGCAUCGCAGCCCACGAUCAAGAGGCUCGUGCCGCUGGGCGUCGAGCUGUUCUGCUGGCAGCUGCUCGAUCUCGGGUUCUAUCAUUGUGAUCCGCAUCCGGGCAAUCUGUUGGUGGACGGGCGCGGGCGGCUGUGCGUGAUUGACUUCGGUUCGACGCGGCGUCCCUGCGCCUUCGACGUGACGCCAUCGCCGCGACGACGCCAUCGCUGUGACACGACGCCACGCGCAGGCUUGUGCGCCGAGAUCUCCGCCCCGGCUCGCGAAAACAUGACCAAGGCCAUGGUCCACCUCAUCGAAGGGAAGGUGGCGGCGCUCGUCGACGACGCCGUCGACCUCGACUUCCUCCCGGACGACAUCGACAGGUCCGCGCUGGUGCCCAUCCUCGGCAGAGUCUUCGACGGUGCACGACUGGCGGCCAAGUCCAUGGACGGCGUGCCCGUGCAGAAGCGGCGGAAGGAGUUCGCCGCGGUCUCGGCGGAUCUGAACAACAUCUUCUUCGAGCAGCCGUUUCGGGUCCCCGACUACUUCGCGCUGGUGACGCGCGCGCUCAUCGUCCUCGAGGGUAUUGCGUUAUCCGGCGACCCGUCCUUCGACAUCUUCAAGGCGGCCUACCCGCACGGCCUGCGGCGCGCGCGGGAGCUGUUCGGCGUCGAGGGGCUGGCGCGGAUCGCCGCGGCG